UUCGUCUGGGAAUUGGGAGAGCUCCGGGAUGCUCCCACUACAUUCUUUGUAGGCUACUGUAGCACCCUGGAACCGGAGCUGGUGGAGCUAUUUUUAGCUCCACCGGCUUUCACCUCUUUCCUAGUUUGUUUUAGAUCUCAAUUUGCGUUCCAGCUCCUCGCUACAUUGCAAAAUAGUAUAGCUGCAGUACCAUCUACUGUAGCAGCAUGGAGCUGAAGCAGCCUACCGUAGCAGCAUGGAGCUGAAGCAGUUUUCCGUGGAGCCAUGCCAAAGGAGCUCUUAGUUGCUUGCUUUGUCAUGGACUGUAAUUCACCUUCAUCUUCAUCUUCUGCUUUGCUUGUCUCUCCAGCUAGCUAUGCUCUACCUCCUCACCCUGCUUGAAUUGUGCUGGCAGCUGGCCAACCUACCUAACCUGCUUAAUUAUAAUUACCUUGUAGCUAGGGGAGCGGCGGCGGCCUGAAACCCGUGACUGGAGUGGACUCCUCACCAUGGAGCGAGCUUUAAUUUAGUUAAUUUAUUAGGCGUCACCUCCUCCUCCUCCUCAGCAUUAUAUUAUAUUCCGAUAGCCUAACAAGAAGUAGAAGAAGAAACAACCCGGGCGGCUGCUAGAUAGUAGCAAUCAAGCAGCCAAACAUUAUGGGGAACUGCUGGGGCACCAACCAGCAGCAGACGUCCAGCAGCAGCCGCCGUGUCUCCGCCGCGGCAUCCAUCAUCGCGGCGGUGGCGCCUCGCAGCGAGGGCGACAUCCUCCAGUCCGCCAACGUCAGGAGCUUCACCUUCAACGAGCUGAGGACCUCCACCAGGAACUUCCGUCCCGACAGCGUCCUCGGCGAGGGGGGCUUCGGCUUCGUCUUCAAGGGAUGGAUCGAUGAGAAGACCUUCGCCCCUGCCAGGCCCGGCACCGGCAUGGUCAUCGCCGUCAAGAAGCUCAACCAAGAAGGCUUCCAGGGCCACAGGGAAUGGCUGGCUGAAGUGAAUUACCUUGGCCAACUGUCGCACCCCAAUCUUGUGAGGCUCGUAGGCUACUGCCUUGAAGAUGAGCAGCGGCUUCUGGUCUACGAGUUCAUGCCACGAGGAAGCUUGGAGAACCAUCUCUUCAGGAGAGGUUCACAUUUCCAGCCGCUCUCCUGGAAUCUUCGAAUGAAAGUCGCCCUAGGAGCCGCAAAGGGGCUUGCGUUUCUGCACGGCGAAAAGGCCAAAGUUAUCUACCGAGAUUUCAAGACAUCCAAUGUCCUUCUAGAUUCGAAGUACAAUGCGAAGCUGUCCGAUUUCGGUUUGGCCAAGGACGGGCCAACCGGCGACAAGAGCCAUGUGUCCACCAGAGUCAUGGGGACCUAUGGGUAUGCUGCUCCUGAAUAUCUUGCAACAGGCCAUCUGACUGCCAAGAGCGACGUGUACAGCUUCGGUGUGGUGCUCCUGGAGCUGCUGUCCGGGCGGCGCGCCCUGGACAAGAACCGGCCGUCCAGCGAGCACAACCUGGUGGAGUGGGCGCGGCCGUUCCUGCGCAACAAGCGCCGCAUCUUCCGCAUCCUGGACGCGCGGCUGGGCGGGCAGUACUCGCUGCCCGGCUCCCAGAAGGCGGCGGCGCUGGCGCUGCAGUGCCUCUCCGGCGACUCGAAGAACAGGCCCACCAUGGACCAGGUGGUGGCGGCGCUGCAGCAGCUCCAGCAACAUGAUGAUGAGGAUGACGAUGACGAUGCCGCCGCCGCCGCCAAGGACACCAUGGAACAGCAAAGAGGACGACUGAUGUAGAUAGAUUAUUUGAUUGCAUCAUUCAACAUCUAUGUAUCGUUCCUCUUCUCUUAAUGAAAAUGUGCCCAGAUACGGUAGUGAAAAAAUCAUCUAUAUAUCAUUCCCGUGUAAAGUAAAAGAUAUCUACAAAUUCUUUCUAGCGCUUUUGAUGAAUCAAAUUCGGUCGU